GAGUGGGUGGAGCAGAGAAGAUGGAUAACUAAACAGAUUAACUGAUAGAGGAGUGACCGUCAGAACAAGGUGGAGAGAGGAGUGAGAUUAAGACGGACUGUGACUCAUACCGAAGGACCUUGGACACUGAAAAUUGUACAAGUCAGCUUAGGGAUGAGCAAAUGGGACUCUCGUUUUUAAAUUAAAAACCCUAAUUUUUUGUUUGUUUUUUAUUUUUUGUACUAAAAGCUAUUAGUUUAUCUGGUAGGGCUGGCACAGCUUAAGUGUUGCCCUGGACCUGUUGAGGAAAACACAAGGCCGGCGGAGGAGCACCAGGAGGAGACGGGCUGCCGGCAGGUCGAGCAGGAAGCUUGAGCAAAGGCUCUGCUGCGUGAUGAGGACGGCCAGGCGUGCCAGCAAUGUGGAGGUGCCCUCCUUUCUCCGGCAGCUGGUUAAAGAAACGGAAAAAAUGGUAACGUUCUUCUUCAAAGGGGGAUCCAGAGAAAGGGGCUGUGAGGAGGAGGACAAUUUAGAAGAUGAAGACGCAAUGCCAAGCCCCUACUUGGACCACCCCAACUUGGAGAAACAUGUUGCAGAAGGGGGUUCAAAUUUGGGGUUGAACUACGCUGUGGCCAGCAUGCAGGGCUGGAGGGCUCAAAUGGAAGAUGCCCACACCUGUAUGCCCCAGCUGAAGGGAGACCUGGAGGACUGGGCGUACUUUGCUGUUUUUGAUGGACAUGCAGGCGUUACAGUGGCCCAGUACUGCUCCAGAAACCUGCUGGAUCAUAUCCUAACAACAGGUGGGAUCAAAGCAAACGAGGACCCUGACCAGGUGAAGGAGGGAAUCCGUGACGGAUUCCUGGAGAUCGAUCGCCACAUGCACAAAAUGGCUCGCAAGGACAAUUGGGACAGAAGCGGCUCUACCGCAGCAGCUGUUAUGAUUUCUCCACAGUAUAUUUACUUCAUCAACUGCGGGGACUCGCGCACCUUCCUCUGCCACAAUGGCCAGGUGGUCUUCUACACAGAGGACCACAAGCCGUUUAAUCCUAGGGAAAAGGAGAGGAUCCAGAACGCCGGCGGCUCGGUUACCCUGCAGAGGAUUAACGGCUCACUAGCCGUUUCCAGAGCACUGGGAGACUUUGACUUCAAGGAGGUGGACUGGAGACCACAAACGGAGCAACUGGUGUCACCAGAACCAGAAGUGUACGAACUGGAAAGGACAACCCAAGAUGAGUUCCUCGUGCUGGCAUGCGACGGCGUGUGGGACGCCAUCGGUAACGAGGAACUGUGCGCAUUCAUACGCAACCGUCUCCAGGUGUGCGAUGACCUGAGAGACAUCUGUGCCCAAGUCAUUGACCUCUGCCUCUAUAAGGGCAGCUUGGAUAACAUCAGCAUCAUCAUCGUGUGCUUCCCCGGUGCCCCCCAGGUGUCGCAGGAGGCACUGCAGCGCGAGGCAGACCUGGAGCAGCACAUUGACAUGAAAGUGGAAGAAAUCAUUCAGAUGAUGCGAUCCAAAGAUGAAGACCCCGACCUUCUGUAUGUGAUCAAAUUCCUGGCUGCAGAGGAGAUACCGGGGCUCCCACCAGGGGGAGGCAUCACCAGCAAGAGAGACUGCAUCAUAGGAGCUUAUCAGAAACACAUCAUGAAUCUCAGGACGCAGGAACCUAUGGACAUUGUCGGAUCAGAGGAGGACUCAAGCUAACGUCAUAACCACAGAGUCAACACUGGCUUCAAGUUUUACAUUUUAGUUGAGCAUUUAACCAAGAGGACAAUGCUU